UGGGCCUCCCCGGCCCAGGGCGCGGCGUCCUGGCAAGUCAGCUGUUUCUCGCCGGGGCACAAGAGGCGGAAGCCGGAGAGACGCAGGGAGGAGCUUCGCGUGCGGGGUGAACGCCCGUCCUACGUGCUCGUUCGCUUCGCGACCGCUGUGCGCGAGCCCGGUGUCCCCGCGGCGGGCAGCAGCGGCGGCGUCGGUGGAACGCGGAGGGGGCGGAGGGAGUCCGCGGCGGCGGCGGCUGCAGUAGAGAAAUGGCGGAGACCGUGGCGGACACCCGGAGGCUGAUCACCAAGCCGCAGAACCUGAAUGAUGCCUAUGGGCCCCCCAGCAACUUCCUCGAGAUCGAUGUGAGCAACCCUCAGACGGUGGGGGUCGGCCGGGGCCGCUUCACCACCUACGAAAUCAGGGUCAAGACAAAUUUGCCUAUUUUCAAGCUGAAGGAAUCUACCGUUAGAAGAAGAUACAGUGACUUUGAAUGGCUGCGAAGUGAAUUAGAAAGAGAGAGCAAGGUUGUAGUUCCCCCGCUCCCUGGAAAAGCGUUUUUGCGUCAGCUUCCUUUUAGAGGAGAUGAUGGAAUAUUUGAUGAUAAUUUUAUUGAAGAAAGGAAGCAAGGACUGGAGCAGUUUAUAAACAAGGUCGCUGGUCAUCCUCUGGCACAGAAUGAACGUUGUCUUCACAUGUUUUUACAGGAUGAAAUUAUAGAUAAAAGCUAUACUCCAUCUAAAAUAAGACAUGCCUGAAAUUUGGUGAGAAGGGGCAAAAAAAA